AUGGCCCCGCGAUUAUGGGACGCAGCUCGACUGGCGCGAGACACCAACGAUAGCGCGUCGAAUAACCCAAUGCCUACAAUUCACCCACGGCAGGGGAAAGGGAGCCAACAAGAUGUUAAGCUCGUCCUGAUCGUGCUGGGCGCUAUCGCCGCCGCCAUCAUCCUCUACCUCUUAUUCCGCCACUUCUACAAAAAGUAUAAAGGUCGCGGACACAAGUAUCAACAAGCGAGUCGAGAAGACGACCAUCACACCCCCAACACCCAACAAGUUAGUCGGGAACUCCAAACCAGCCCCCAGACGAACCGCCAGAGCACGAGCGGCAAUGCCGAUAACAACUCCGGGACAAACGCUGCCGGCGUCGAUCGUAACACUUCUGUCCGCAGUGUCAUGACCCUCCCAGUCUACCGCCCCAAAGCCGCCGAAUCGGAGCAGGUGCUUGGUCGCGAGGGCGAACGUGAUGGGAUUGAUAUCGUGGUCGAGAUGCAGACGGCGGAAGAUGAGGAAGCGUUGCGAGACGAGGAGAUGGAAGCACUGUACCAGAUCCGUGCCGCACGACGACGACAGCUCGCCGACCGCGAAGCCCGACGACGCCAACGCCAGGAAGCCCGUGAUGCCCACGACACCGUUGCCCUACGCGAUCUACGCGACCGUGCCCGGGCCUCGGCCACCCGUAACGCCGAGGAGAUCGAGGGCUUGCGCGGCGAGCACGACCGUGUGCGCGGCCAGCGCCAGCGUGCGGUCAGUAGCGUGUCCUACGCCGAAGUGGGCAUUGCUCGCGCCGACGGGACCCGCGUGCGGGCCAACAGUACCGAAAGCAACGACCGCGUCGGCCUGCUCUCCGACACCGCCAGCAUCGCGGCCGAAAGCCUCUUCCACCGCCGUGACCGCAGCGCCAGCGCCACUCUCAGCAUCGACACUUCCAUCACCGGUCCGCACCGACCCGAGUCCCCGGGGGCUUUAUCGACUGCAGGCGCCAGUAGCGCCGGGAAUUACCCCUUCGGCGCUCCCCUCAGCGCACAGAAUAGCAUCCACGUCCCCCGCGCCCGCUCUCGCUCCCGCGCCAGCUCAGCCGCUACCACCACCCGCAUCCCAACCCCGAAUAGCAUCACCAACGGCGGCCUAACCCCCUACGCGGGCUCCCCACCAGAAAUCAUCGAACCCUUCCCCGACGGCGACGGCGACGAAUCGGCAGUCGACCUCGGCGACUCGGCCAACAUGCCGCCACCACCAGGUUACGACGAAGUCAGCCUCGUCAGCGCCGGCGGUAAUGGCGGUAGUGGUGGUGGCGGCGGUGAUGACAGCAACAGCUUCAUGUUCACCCCCUUACACUCGCGUCGGAACUCAGAUGCCCUCUCGCGCGUGUCCUCGGUGGCUUCGCGGUCGGUUAGCCCCUAUCCGGAUCCGCCCCCAGACUAUCCCGGUCCUGGGCCAGCGGAAUUGAGGAAUAACCGGCUUUCGGCACACAUGGAGGAGUUAGCAGCCCAGGCACAGACACAAACACAGACAGAAGAGGAAUCGAGAGCGGGGCCGUCGACAAACACGACGAGUGCAACAGACACGACCGCAGAAAGGACGAGGGGCAGGCCGACCUUGAGGCUGGAAUCUGUGGAUCAGGUACCGCAGAUUGUGAUUGAGCCGUCGAGUGCGAAACCUGGAGAGCAAACGACCCGGUUCUGA